AUGGCUCCUGGAAUCCUGCUGAUUCCUCUUCAUUUCUUUAUAUGUCUGCUGCUGGCAUGUGGCUGUGCCCAGGCGGGUAAGCUGCUGGUGGUGCCCAUGGACGGGAGCCACUGGUUUACCAUGAAGUCAGUUGUGGAGAAACUCAUUCACAGAGGGCACGAGGUGGUGGUCGUCAUGCCCGAGGUGAGCUGGCAACUGGGACGAUCGCAGGAUUUCACAGUGAAGACUUACUCCACGUCUUACACGCUGGAGGAUUUGAACCGUGAGUUCAAGAUGUUUGCUGAUGCCCAGUGGAGAACCUGGGAACAAAGAUUGUUUUCUCUAUUAUUGGGCUCAUCUGAUGGUUUUUUUGAAUUAUUAUUCUCAAAUUGUAGGAGUUUGUUUAACGACAAGAAGUUAGUAGAAUACUUAAAGGAGAGUUCUUUUGAUGCGGUGUUUCUGGAUCCUUUUGACGUGUGUGGCUUAACUGUUGCCAAAUACUUGUCCCUCCCAUCUGUGGUCUUCGCCAGAGGAAUAUUUUGUCACUAUCUUGAAGAAGGUGCUCAGUGCCCCAGUCCCCUUUCUUACAUCCCCAGACUUCUCUCUGGCUUCUCGGAUUCCAUGACUUUCAAGGAAAGAGUACUCAACCAAAUUAUGCACUUGGCAAAAUAUUUAUUUUGCCCCUAUUUUUACAAAACUCCCAUAGAGCUUGCCUCUGAAAUUCUCCAAACACCAGUCACAGCGUACGAGCUCUUCAGCCACACAUCCGUCUGGCUGUUGCGCACUGACUUCGUCCUGGACUUCCCCAGACCUGUGAUGCCCAACAUCGUCUUCAUUGGGGGCAUCAACUGCCACCCUGGAAAGCCACUGCCUCAGGUACGCUGUCGCUCCUUUGGCACAUUAAGCAUGACCUGGCUUUGA